GUGGAUGCACACAUCCAAAGAAGAACGUUACGAGCAGACGGAAGGAUCCUGCGAAAAGGGACCUGGUAGUUUGUUUGGAUUUUCAUUCGACAGGGAACAUACAGCUGUACAACCGCAAUAAGGUUAUGAAUAACAAGUCCAAGUAAUGGAGCAGGUCUUUCUCAGUGUCUGCUGAGUCACUGUAUGGUUGAGAGUAUAAGCUAGUCUAGCGGAACAUUCGACCGCGGAAAGCCAUGACCCACCGGCUUUUUGAGGAGAAACACCAUGCCUCCAUCUACCAGAGAUACCGCUUUGUACCCCCAGAUGAAGUCAGAGACAUUAUCCUGGAAUACCUGGACAGAAAGAAAGGCCGGCCCCAUGCCCUAGCUGUGGACCUUGGCUGUGGGACUGGGCAGAACUCCCGCCUGCUGGCCCCCUACUUCCAGGAGAUGAUCGGCAUUGACAUCAGUGAUUGCCAACUGGAGGAAGCCAGGGCGGUGCCGGGGUUCAACAACAUCACCUAUAGGAAGGGGACCGCAGAGGAGCUUCCAUUACCAGACGGUUCUGUUGACCUGUUGACGGCAUCCUCAGCGGCCCACUGGUUCGACCAGCAGCGCUUCCUCGUGGAGGCGGCCCGGGUCCUGAAGCCUCGCGGCUGCAUGGCUCUGAUAUGUUUCACCAAUAGCCUCAGCCUUCAUUACGGCUCCUGUGGAGACAGACUCACUGACAUCUAUAAUGAGGUCAACAAGGUGCUGUUGCCGUACACCAGCACACAGGUUGAAGUGGCCUACAGCAAAUUGGAGGGUCUUUACACUGCCAUCCCCUUCCCUGACAAGGAGAGGAUCGAGUGUAUCCCACAAACGCAGCAGAUUUCGGUGAGGAUCAUAGUGGGACUCAUAGAGUCCUUCUCCAUGUACCAGGCUUUCCACAGGGCAGAGCCUGACGCUGCCACUGUCCUGCUGCAGAGGACACAAGACAGGUUUCUAAAGGAGAUGGCUGUCACAUCAGUAGACACGCCCCUGGAGGUGACUCUGGAGUAUUACUGUGUCCUGGCAUCCAAACCAGGGUGAACUAUUUUCACGGGGCAAAUGGGUUUGUGAAUGGUUCACAUAGAUAACUAUUGCAGGCAGGCAGAUACAGAGACCCGGUCUCAUUACACAAUAUAGUUUAUUACACUUGCAAGCGAAGGACUUCGUUUUUCCAAACUGAAACAAACUCUGAGGCGCGGCUCAGCAACCUACCAUUAUAUGGAUUACGUGUUCCCCCCCAUAAUCCAUAUAAUGGCCCGUCUCCCCAGCCCGUAGUCAGAAGAUGAACAGACAGUGAGAGGUUACAAAUACAUUUGCAGAAAGUAUGUUGAUUCUUUACUCCCGUGUCCCAUUCUCAACUCGUCUGCAGAUUGCAUUUCACACCCUCAGGACUUUUCCACUCUGCCAGGUGUUCAUCUUGUGACCAGCAAGCAAACUUUCAUUAUAGAAGAUAAUACCCAGAAACACAUCAACUUAGUACAUUUCUGUAACAGAGCUAAAGUAGGUUCAAGUUGUAGAAAAUAUAUAAGCAUUAGAUAUAAUACACUUUUUGUGUGUGUUGUUGUUGUUGUUUUUUCAAGAUAAAUGAUGCAUUAUGAUGUAUAGUAAACCCUGCCAGCCUUAUUUGAUUUCUGUUAAAAAUAUUAAACUUUUUAUCCACA